AUGGACUGGACAACCCCAGACGGCUCCUACUUCUCCCUUAGAGAAGUGCACGAGUGGACGGAAGACUACAGCAAGCAGAGCUUCUUAUACACCUCCGUCAGCGCCUAUGUCCAAGGAAGCCCAUACACCGCACGUCUGCCUGAACACGCCGACGAGAUUGACGAGGGAGACGUUCUCGCCGCUUUAUCACCCGUGCCAUCCGCUUGUAUACAUCCAAAGUUCUCCGACACGGUAAAAGUUGCCCCCAAGGUCAACUCUGCCAUCCAUUACCUCAAGGCUCCGUCGUUCCAAUACGACGAUUGUCAGCCCGGCGAAACAUUUGUGGCCGAUUGUGUCCUGAAUGAAGUCACGGUUCUAGAACUACUCUCCAAGGAUCCACACCCCAACAUCGUCUCAUAUCUCGGAUGUGUCGAAGAAGCAGGCCGCAUUUCCCACAUCUGUCUCAAGCGCUACGAUGGCAACUUACCAGAUUACGCCGCCAACGGCCUCUCCGCCGAUCAGAAGAAACGAGUGAUCCAUGGCGUUGCGGCCGCCAUAGAACAUCUGUACUCUCUUGGCCUCGCACACAACGAUAUCAACCCGCACAACAUCUGUAUCGAUUCCAACGAGGAGCCUAUUCUGAUCGACUUCGACGGCUGCUUACCCUUGGGCGAGAAGCUAAUGAAAGGCACGGCGUCGGUAAUCGCCAUCUGUCGAGAAACAGGCCGCCAAAUAUCACAUCAACAGAACGACUUGGACGGCCUGGAGGAGAUCCGAGGUUUCUUGCGCUGCGUAAAGGAAACGUGA